AUGCGGUUGCGUCGCGUUUUCACUUUGGAGCGCAUAAUUCGUAUUGGCUUGCUUUAUGACGGAGUGUUGUUGAAGGAAGGGAGUCAUAGAAGAGACAUUAAAGGAGCCUACCAAUUUUCGGGCGGAGAGCAGAAGGAACUCCAGGACAAACUCCAGAAUUGGCAGAAGGUAUUGGCGGAGAAUGGACUCCGGCUGAACGCGAAGGAGACCAAGUUCCUCAGCUCCAAGGAGGGCACAGAGUCAAUCGUCGACGGUCGCGGGGAAGCCAUCGAGAAGUUCCAGGACUUCCGCUACCUGUGGAGUGAUCUAGCUGCUAAUGGCAGCGUGGGCCAGGCCGUUAAAUCCCGAUUAAAUGCGGCAUGGAUGAACUGGAGGGAGUCUACGGGUAUCCUCUGCGACCGUCGAUGCUCCAGAACCCUCAAAGGAAAGGCGUAUCGAACAGUGGUAGGGUCCACGAUGCUCUAUGGCAGCGAGUGUUGGCCCAUGAGAAUGCUCAGAUGGGCCUGCGGCUGGACGCGUGUGGAUCGGGUAAGAAAUGAAGACGUCAGGACGGCCAUACAAACAGCUCUAGUUCAACUGAAAAUGAGAGAGCAGCGCCUGCGAUGGUUUGGGCAUGUACUAAGAAGACCACAGAGCCAUCUGAUGAGGGAAGCAAUGGAGUUCGAGGUUCAAGAUAAGCGACCACGAGGGGCCCCAGAAAAGAGAUGGAGGGACGUGAUCAAGAAGGACCUCGCCGAAGCCGAGGUGACGGCAGAAGAUGCCGUAGAUAGAAUGAAAUGGAGUCGGCUGACAAAAGCGGCGGACCCUGCGACGGCGCGGGUUUAA